AUGAACAGAGUCGAGUGCAGAGGGAAUGAGAUUCAUCUGUGGGACUGUCCUCUCUCCCUGAAAAACCACACUGACUGUGCGCAAAAGAAGCUUGUAACACUCAACUGUGCAGAUUUGUCUGUGUCCUCUACUCCUGCCACAACAACAUCAGCUUCUCCUCCAGUUUCUCCUCCAGUGCGCUCAACAUCAGUCUCUCCUCCACAAACUCUCUCCGUCCCCCCAGUGCUUGUGAUUGUUCUGGGAGUUGUGCUCUUACUGCUCUUAGUGCCACUGCUUAUACUGAUUCAGCAGAACAGAGUGAUGAGGAGAGCUCUCUCUAAGAGGAGACACAGGACGACGACUGAAGCCGUUUAUGAGGAGAUUCAGCACAGACACAAUCACUUCACUCAGAGGGGGAGUCUCAUCUCUGAAGAACUGCAUUCUGGGUAUGAAGAUGCUGAUGAGCUUCUCUCAGCAACAGAGUUCAAGACUGCAUAUUAUGAUGAUGUCACUAAUGACAGUGGCCUAAAAGAAGAGAUGGUGAAGGAAAUCACACUGGGAUACUAUGAUGAUGUCAUCACUGAUGGACUGAAACCAGAUCGUGAGACAGAAGACACACCUGAGAGCUAUGAUGAUGUCAUGACAAGCGGACUAAACUCUGAUAUCAGAAAAGUGGACACACCAGAUAAUUAUGAUGAUGUCAUCAUUAAUAGACGGAUCUCUCAAGGGGAAACAGAGAGAGUUCAGGAGGUGUAUGAUGAUGUCAUGAGUGUCAGUGAAGAUGUGAGAAACCUGUUGAAUUAUGAUGAUGUGGAGGAGGAGUCAAACAAAGAAGGGCUUUUGGCUCCAUGAUGUCAUCCACUGCUUGGGUUCAACACAUCUGAAAAAAUGUUAUUGAAAUAUCGAUAUUGUUAUUGAUAUGUCCAAUCUCACGUAUUUAUAUUUUUUCCCAUUUUUGUAUUAAAUCUGUUAUGCCUUUGUAGAUUUUGUUGGAUUUUUUUGGCCUUGUUAAUAGCAACAAAAAAAAAAAAAGUUUUUGUAUGUCAAUAAGAAAUGACAUGAUCUCUGAAGUCAAAUGUAUGAUCUUACAUUAUAAAGCACAAACACAGUGACAAUCAAAACAUCCUAAAUAUAAACACAAUGACCAUCAGUGAUGUAACAGCCCUCA